CGGCUAAACGUCCGGGACACCUGAGGGUUUGGGACCCCCCGUCCCAUCCAGGCUUCGCCCUGGAGGCCAAAAGCCUCGCUGAGGGCUCUGCGGAGGGGGAAUGCUGUGGGAGCUGCUCAUCUCCUCCAGCAACCCCUCUAGCGUUACCUGCACUCACUGUGGAGGAGACGAGCUUCACCACUGUGGAGCUGUGCCAAGAUGGAGAGGACAUCUGCCUGACUGCAAGUGAGGGAUAUAUGGACAAGAUGAGCGGAGAGCUAAACUGUGAAGACGUGGAUAGCAAGGACCAAAGAUUGCCAUUCCAGAUCUUCCCUGACCCCGUUGAGGUUGUCCUGGGCCCAGAGACCACAUUGAACACCCUGGACCACAACCGCGAGAAGGAGCGUCUGCCCUCCAUCGUUGUGGAGCCCACGGAGGUGAGCGAGGUGGAGAGCGGAGAGCUGCGCUGGCCUCCGGAGAACUUGGACAUGGAGGAGGACGAAGAGGACCUGUUCUUGGAGCAGUGCAUCCCUCCUGCUAACAUUGCAGACUGGGGAGAAGAGGAGGAGGAAGAGGAGACGUCUGCUAUACUUAACCAGCAGCAAGGCUUGACACUCAUUGACCUUCAGUCAGAUGCAUUUAGAGAUGACACCCCCACCCUCCCACCUAGCAGUGCUCCGGCCCUCAACUGACUAAACCUCGGAGAACUCAGAUCACCUCAGAAGACCCAGUGAGGAAACAUCCUGAUAUUAAACACCUACAGCAACAGCUAUGACAAAACAUAGCAACCCGGAGUUUCACAGUGAUGCAAAGAGUGAACUGACAGCCAAUGUUGACGAAGAGGAAAACACAAGUAUCAAAAUAUGUUUUAAAUAUCAAACACUGAUAAACAGCUACACGCCGACUGUGACAUUUAUUUACACGUUUCUAUGAAUGCGUACAAGAAGAGCCAUAUACAGACAUGCCUGCAGGCAUGGGAACAGAGACACAAACACAUAUUCUCAGACAUGUAAAAGUCAGACUUGCUGACGUUUGUGACGGAGAGUUGAGCAACAUGGUGUCUUUUUUUUUUUUUUUUUACAUUUAGGGAAACUUUUGCUGACGUUGUACUUUGUGUUUCAUUUCCCUAAUUAUUUCCUAAUUUUUAAGGGCUCUUGAUGUCAUUGGGUUAAAGAGAACAUCCUGCUAUGGCAACUAAUUUUCUUUAGUUUGUGCUUUGUGUAUUUUUCUAUACUUCAUCUCUGUCUCUGGUAGUACAGAUAACAGCCUGUACCUUAUUAAAUAUCUUUUUCUCAUAGAUCGUCAUUUUGACCCCACAGGUGGUUUUUGAGGGCAUUUACCUGGUUAUAGCUUCAA